AUGGCUCCUCUUUCCUCUGGUCGGGUUCUGGCUGAAGCGUUCGCAAAGGAAACUGUUCCGUCUCCCAUUGAACAAGUGACGUCACUCGCCACUGAGCUACCGGAGCUGGCAGAGUGUCAGCGACUUUGCUACGUCGCCAUCGAGGAAGCCCUGCCAUGCCACGAGUGUAUUGACCGCGAGGCGUUCUUUGCUCGGCUCAUCCAGGUACAUGCGAAACCGCAGAAAGAACUAAAUCCUACUGAUCAUGCCUUUCUGGCGCUGAUAUUUGCAUUGCUGGGAUUCGCCAAGCGUUAUGAGACAGAUAAUCACAGCACAACGGAGGCACACUCGAACCGCGACAUUAUAUUACAAAGAUGGGGGUUCUAUCAAUCAAGUAUCCAAAUGCUCCAACUGGACGACCUGUGCAGUCUGGACAUUCUAAGAGCCAUCAUAUACCAGGUGCUUUUCUUAGCAGCAAAUUGCAUGCUAUCUAAAGCCUAUACACGACUCUCGAUCGGAGUGGCCACCGCGCUUCGUAUCGGUUUGCAUGUGUCGGGGCCAUCGUUGGAUGCAGGCAUUCAAUUACCUGCGGAACGGAUGUUUCGGCGGCGACAGGUCUUUUCGGUGCUCUAUGCUCUCGACACCUACCUCGCCAGCACGUUGGGGGUACCAAAACUGUUCCACCAAGUAGACACCGACCAGAUCCUCCCGCUGCGGGACGAGAACCUCCAUGAUCACGGUAUCUCUUUCGUACGCCAAAAUCCCCACACACCCGAGGCUGAAACUCUCGUCAUUUGUCGGAUUUUGGUAAUAAUGGCAGAGAUACACAAGCGCCGAGAUCCAUUCGGCAAAAGCAUCGCUUUAAACGGUACCGGCAGCACCUACAAACUGACGAGUCAGGAUGUUGCUUCACUGGAUGCCCAGCUCACCGAGUGGUAUAAUAGUCUGCCACCUGUUGACGAGAUCCCUCCUGUGAGGCGGGCUUUACAUGCCCAGUUGGCGAUUCGUCAUACGUAUGCGAUAACACAGAUGGCUCUUCACCGGCCAUUCCUGCAUCAUCUGACCCGCAAAGCGGACGAUCAGAGCUUCUGCAUGGAGGGAUACGCAUACGGUUCGCAAUGUAUUACUGCGGCCAUGCAAACUGUAUGGUUACUCCAACGCCUGGAUGAUCAAGGACUCCUCCAUGAGUCCAUUUGGUUUUACAUCUCCUCGCUAGCAUUCGCAGCUAGCUCUUUGAUCUUCUUCGUGCUGGGCAGUCCCUAUUCCACCACCGUGAGGGAUGCCACGCAAACAGCAUUCAAGGCGCACGGGUUGCUGGAAAAGCUCGCGCAGAAGAAUGAGACGGCGCAGCGUUGCUUUGAGUCAAUUGACUUCUUGAUGGCUCGGGCGAAUCUGGAUGUACAUGAACAGAGAUAA